UACAGAACGAAGGCUAUGCAUCUUUGGAGGAGACACAGUAUGAUGAGGGGAAAUUGAACAUUUUUAUUAUAUGUUGAAACCUUUUAUGUUUAAUUUGAGUUUACCUCCACAGUAAGCUUUGUUGAAGUUUACAAUGCCAUCCUUUACACUGGCAAGGCCAGCGAGAGACCUGAGAUCUGAUGUGUGACCAACAGGGAGUCUGGCUCGUCUGUCUGGAAUCCUUUUAAAGGCGACGCGUCGCUGUCUGCUGCUGCAGAAGAGCUCAGAUGGGAACAACAUUUUCAAAAAAUGGUCCUCAAACUUCAGGGCCUGGAGAAGCUGGCGGGACACACUGCCGUCCGCUCGGUCAGAGACUGUACUUUUAAAGGCAGCGGUGUCAACUAAAACGAUGCAGUCCCUGCCUAUGGAAGUGGGCAGCAGCAGCUCAGCUCCCAGCGACACAUCUGGCUCGGUGGUGCAGGUGUGCUUCCCCAGCGCUCGGACCUCGAUGCUGGACAGCCUGAACCGGCAGAGAGAAGACGGCAGGCUCUGUGACCUCUCCAUCCACGUCCAGGGGCACGUGUUCAAAGCCCACCGCUGCGUCCUGGCCGCCUCCUCACCUUACUUUCACGACCAGGUACUACUAAAGAACAUGUCUACAGUCUCUAUCCCGGCGGUAAUGGACCCGCUGGCGUUUGAGAGCGUGCUGAGCUGCGCCUACACCGGUCAGCUCCAGAUGCUGCGCGAGGACAUCGUGAACUACCUCACAGUGGGCAGCGUCCUGCAGAUGUGGCACAUCGUGGACAAAUGCACGGAGCUGCUGAAAGAAGGCCGGGCGGGGGGAGGGAGCAGCGGAGGAGGCGGAGUGCAGGAUGGAGCCAGUGCAGGAGGAGGUGGAGGGUCAGCUAACCUCGGGUGUAGCAGCAGCAAUGGUGACGGUGGCGCAGGUGGUGGUAACUCAGCUGGUAGUGAUGGUGGUGCUGGUGGUGGUCAAGCCCAGGUUGUAGGGUCCAACGAGCCCCAGCGUGCCUCCCAACCUCCCAGCCGGCCGUCAGUGAGCGAGAGCCAGUCUCCCAGCAGCACCAACUACUUCAGCCCCAGGGACGGGAGCAGCUUUGGAGGAAGCUGUGCAGCUGCAGCUGGGGCUUCAGUGGACGGAGGCGGGGCUAGCAACACCCCCGGCUACUGCACCCCAUCGGGAGGAGAGGAAGCCUUUCUUAUUGAGGAAGAGGAGGAGGAAGUAGAGGAGGAAGAGGAGGAGGUGUUGUACCACCAGAGGAAGAGAGGAAGAGGGGGCAGCGGGAGGAGGAAGAAAAUCAGCUCAGUGUCCGAGCAGGAAGUUGGAGUCAGUGACAGCUUUGGCGUGUCUUCCUAUCAGGAUGGGGAGAACUCCGCGUUGACACCGCAGAAGCGUCCUACCUACAGCCAGCCCAGCAUCAUGCCUCGUAAACAGUGGGUGGUGGUGAAAACCGAACGCAUGGAGGACGACGACCUGAUCGUAGUGUCCGGGGAGGAGGGAGAAGACGAGGAGGACGAGGAGGACAGGGAGUUGGAGCUGGCCAGGGAGAGGGCUAGAAGCGACUUUAACAUCUCAAACGUCAGGAGCCUUUCAGCUGAGCUGGGGGGCAGAGCUGAGAACGACAUGGACUCACAGGUUGACUACUGCCAGUCUUCAGAAGACUACCUCAAGUUUGAAGGCAGUUUAAUGGACCAGACUUUAGCUCAGCACCUUCAUGACAGUGCGGCAGGUCAGAGCCAGAGCGCUAACCGUGCUGUUUCAGCGCUGCUGGGCCAGGUUCAAUCUGCAGCCACCGCCCGGGCCCAGCUGUUCCCCCUGGACAUGCAGGGGAACCAGAUCCUCCUCUACAGCCAGGCCUCCGGACUCUCUCUGGACACUGCCGCCGCUCCCCUGGGGAUGGCAGGUGGUAUGAUCGGAGGAGCCUCUUUCAAAGGUCCCAGUCUGGAGCACGGUGCGGUCCACCUGUCGGUGCAGGGCGGUUUGGGAGUUGACGGCAUGGACAGCGGGGGGAUUGGAAGCGGAAAUGGUGGCAGUAACAGCAGCUCUGGGGGUUCAGGGAAAGUGUUUAUGUGCCACUGUGGUAAGACCUUCACCCACAAGAGCAUGAGGGACCGCCACAUUAACAUGCACCUGGACCUGAGGCCGUUCCACUGCCCCGUCUGUGCCAAGAAGUUCAAGAUGAAGCAUCACCUCACAGAACACAUGAAGACGCACACAGGCCUCAAACCUUACGACUGCCUCGGCUGCGGCAAGAAGUUCAUGUGGCGCGACAGUUUUAUGAGGCACCGCUCGCACUGCGAGAGGCGCAGCGGGCUGGGAGACAGCGGCGAAGGCGGGAGCAGCAGAGAUGGAGGGAGAAGAGGAGAUGGAGGUGAGGAUGGCCCUGAUUUGAUUUCCUCCCCUCACCUCCUCCUGUCUGCAGGUGAGGGCAGUAUUCUGGGAGGAGGAGGAGGAGGAGGGGGAAGAGGAGGAGUGUCUGUUUCUUCUCCGCAUCUUUCCGGCGCUGUUCUGUCGCCGCAGCACGUUGGCGUCUCAGCAACUGGAAGUAACAGCGGGAACAGUGUGAGUAACAGCGGCAGUAGUGCUAUGAGCAACAUGGCUGCUGCAGGGGCGCUUCUAGGGGUCGUUUCUCAGAGUCCGGGUCAGGGAUCAGGGAUGUUUAGUGGUCUAGGGUUGGGUCGAAGUGUGUGUGAUGAAGACGUGUGUGAAGUCGGUGCCAAUGACAGUAGUGUGACUUAAACCAAAAUUGUGUGCAAUGUCUAACGGGUGCCUCUUUCUGAGCAAACGAUCAUCUUGUUCCUGCUGCUGUUUUUACAAAAUAGUAAACUUGGAAGAAGCGCAGUGCUCUUCUGAAACACUUUAACUGCCAACACUCAGCAUUUCAAGCAGGAAGUGCGUACUUUGUCAAGUAUGGGGAAAAAAGGCGAGGCUCCCGUUGGACACAACCCUGAAGAAUCUGUUAGUAUUUAUAGAAAAAUGGGACUUUGAGAUUCCAGUCGACUGUUGUGCCGUGAAGUUGCCAUCUUAAAUUAAACUCAAUUCUGGUACCGCAAAGACUUUAGAAAACUUGCCUCCUUAAAAGUGGCCUCAUUAAAAAUGGACCUCCUGUCUCAGUGAGUAAGCUAUUGUUUAAAAUAUCCGAGAUGUUAUCAAAGUUUUAUUUUUUUUUUGGUUUUGUGAAAGAAUGCUGCGCGUGUCGAGAGGAAACCAAAAAUGAAAAGACAGUGCUUACCUUCUGUGGCGACGUUCAGUAGUAUCAGUAGAGUAGAAAAAUGUCUGUUCUAAAUUGCUGUGAUUUCCUGCAGUAGUGUAUUGUAAUGUAUCACUGUCAUAUGAUUGAAGUAAAUAAAAAAACACACAUCUGCAAGAGAAAAGAGAAAAACAAGUAAUUCAUAUAAGAAAAGAACAAGCUGAAGUUGCAGAUUUGUGUUUUUUUCCUUACAGUGGUAACAGACUAACCGUCAGCACUGCCAUGUUGUUUUAGAUGAUACUACGGUGCUGCUUUGCUUGAAAUCUAUUCUGGAUUACAGUGAAAGGCUCAAUAAUUUAACCUCACCACCCUGAAAGAUCCCAGACAUGUGCAGAUAUUUAACAGACAGGAACAAUUUUGUCUUUCGGCUUCAUGUAGGAUUCAGCCGGUGAGCUCGAGCCUCCUCCAGAUUCAUUUUUCAAAACAUAACAACCUGUUUGCUUGUUGAAGUAGCAAAAGUCCAAGAUGAUGUUGUCAGUCUCUUUACGAGUAUGGUCCGGCCCUACAUAAACACAAACACUACCUGUAACUGAGAAGCUCGAAACGUGCCCUCCGGAGCUUUAAGAGCAGGAGGCGAUGAAUCUACUCAGUAAAAGCCCCCCCCCCCACUGGCUUUCAAUUUUGCUGCUGUUGCCUGCUUUCACUUUCUUGUUCACAGAGUUCUCGUGCUUUGAGAAGUAUAUUGUUACUGUAAAUAUAUAGAAAUAUAUGUGGUUUACUGAUCAGACCUGGAACUAAAACUAACUUGUUAUACUGAUGCAGGAGUUAAUGAGUUGUCGAGAAGGUUUUUGAAAGUGUGAUGAAAAGUAUCAAAACCUAGCAACGUUAGAUGGUGGUCUUAUCAAAAAAGCUAUACAGUGUAUAGUGUGUUUACAAGCGUACCUCCUCCGAAUAGUUGAUAGAGUAGAUUUUAAUCUACAAAUGUAAAGAGAACCUUCUUUUUCAGCAGCCGUUAUGCACACGAAGAAGAAAAAAAUGUCUUUUUACUUUCCAAAAUGUUGUUAUGAAGAGUGUUACACGUUUCAUUUGCCUCUUUGUCUUUGGAGUACAAUAUUUUCCACUUGUGGAUUUUCUUCCUGCAGUAAUUUAAAAGCAUUAUUGAGUCAUACAGGUCCUGACCUCCCAAAAGUUUGUAAAUGUUGAUCGACAUUUUAUCUCUUAAUGACAUUAGAGGUGAGCAGUGUUUCAGUCUCUGUUCUUGUUCAUGUUUCAGCAGUGGUUUUGGUUCCUGGAUGUGAAUGUGGUAAUAGCAAAGGUACUUUGUUAUAAAGAAAAGCAUUAGUUUGAAAUAUAAUUUAAAAAGUGGUUCGGUUCGAAUGUAAGUUUUCGAUUAAUAGAUAAAGAUUUUAGGUAAAGUUUUAAAGAAUUUCCACCAUGCAGUUCAUUAUUUUUUCUUUGUCCCAGUGUAGAGAGGAAAAUGCAGGGAAGAGAGUCAUCUGUCAAACACCCUGAAUAUUGUAUUUCCUUUUUAUCCCCAUUUAGAACAGUGAUUGUAAAGCUACUAAUUAAUUAGUUGAUAGAAAAAAUAUUCAGUGACAAUUUUAAUACUUGUGUCAGGUCAAAAGUGUCAGAUGAAAAUACAAAACAUUUUGUGUUAAUUGGUUGAUUGGCAUUCCUGUCUAUUCAGAUUGAUUUGUAAAUUUAAAACCUUUUUUUCUGUCUGAGAAAAAUGGUGUAAGACAAUAAGACGUCUCAUUUGGUUGUAUUAACUUAAAAAGAACACUAGUCAUAAUGUUAGACUAUUUGAAACAAUUAAUCUGAUAUUAUUAAUAAUAAUAAUAAUUGAAACCACUGCUGAAUUAAUAUUUGGGGAACUGCUGCAUUGCUGAUAAUAUUAGUUUCUUGUAGGAUCUCAGGAUCCUCUUGGUUCACUCACAAUAAAAACAAAAUUAAACUUGCUCUCAAUUUGUUUACUUUGAACCUCAUAGAAAUGUAACCUCACAGUUUCUCUUCAGUAGCGUGGGAUGAUUUAUGGACCAUACUGAACAUGUAGCGGUACAACUACUGUGAGGGGCAUUACACUGCACAUAAUACACAGUAUGAAUACUUUCUGCAUUUGUUUUUCCAUUAAAACACUGAGUUGGUUAUGUUUGUAAAGGAGGCUGUAUUUUUCCAUCUUGCCAACAUGUUUGAAAGUGGGACAUAAUAAGUUCAGUUGCCUUAACAGCACAUUGACUUACUCAUUCAACUAAUUGUUCAAGUGAUUUCUGUAUUUAAUAAUUAUAUUUUGUAAUGGUAACAAAACUUGUAGUUAUACGAUUUAAAACUACUAUAAAGAACAUAGUGUUUUUAAAGUAUAUUUAAACCAUGGAGCUCAUUAGUACCUUGUAUUGGAACACUUUAAACAUAGUUCAGGUUAAUUACUUACCCAUCAUUAUAUAUUAGUGUACAAGCUAUAUUAAACCAGAGGUAGCCACAGCAACCGUGCCGAUCCUUUAAACUAUAUCACCAGAUAACUCACUGGUAAAACUAAUAAUCACACAUUGUGGCCACAAUAAAAGAAUUAUAAUACAUUCCAAUGUGUCCUUUUAUAAAAAGUCAUAAACUCAUUAGAAGAGAGGAAAUACUUCACCUCCACCUCAUUCGUUGUUUUAAGUUGUCAAAUUACUUAAUAGAACUCAACAUUAUGCAUCUGUAGUACAGGAAGUGAAUAGUGGGAGUUUAGACUAAAAAAUUGUUUAUGUAAAUACUUUUGAUAAUAUCAUUAGUUUUAAAAUGUGCUGUGCAUCUCAUUCAGAUGUAACCUAUAUGUAAAAAUGUGUCCCGUUUAAAAAAUCAAUUUAAAAACUAGCUAUGGUACAAUUCAAAGAGAACAUGGUCUUCUAUGAGAGAAAAGUGUCUUUAUAUGUGAUAAAAUCAGGCGCAGCCUUUAAUUGAAUGUUUCUUUAAUCAGUAUUCGCUUUCAAAGAGAUGCGGGCCCCCUUGUGGCCACUGUUGGUACUACAGCAAUGAAAUACAUAAGAGUGUUUAUGAAGAGAUGUAUCUAUUAUUGUUUCACUCCUAUAUCUAACAUAGUUUAACAAAAUCAAACCUUGUAGAAAACAUACUUCAGUGUGUAGCUACAGCACAGGACAGUCAGUGGUGGAGGAAAUUUUACACCCGACCUCUUAAACAUUUUGCAUGCCGUCAGAGAUGUUUUACAUUUGCGGUUACAUAGAGCAAAGAGAUGGAGGAUCUGAAUGUUUUACCUUCUGUGAAGGCUGGGUUUGGAUAUUUUUAUAUGCAGGUUUGACGUGAAACGACUGUUGGCUUAUGUGUGUGUUCAGUGACCUCCAGUGUUUUUUCUCAAUGACUCUUUUUCAGUUGUGUUUGUGGGUAAUUUUGGUUACACAUUUGUUCCUGUUUGUUUGCACCACUGAUGAACAGCUACAGAGAAAACACUGGAUGAUUUGUAAGAGCAGACUGUAUGAGAAAUGAUCUAAUGCUUUGUUUAAUUGUGGAGUUUGACACAUUUGAAGUGUGGCACUCGCACGUUUAAUCACGCAUGUAGAUAACGUUCACUGAGAGUGAAUGUAGUGAACAAGAUGAGCACGUUUAUAAUGAAGAGACAGAGUUGUUUAAUGUUCAGGCUCAGAGGGGAAUAUGGGAAUUCUUAGUCUUUACUUGUGAAACCAGUCAUUCUGAUUUCUAAGCAAGACAGAUUAAUCUCUGCUUUUUACAUACAAUAACUGAAGAAGACGGUUUCUCCUCUAGUCAGUAACAGCCCUGAUGAUGAGACUCUGUAAUGCUCAGAUUUAACUUUCCUGUGUCAUGUAAGUCUACACACGAAGGUUAAACCUGGAUUUAAGUUAGACCGGCAGUUCAUAUCUGAGUUUCAGUUGACUUUGUGAUGUGCAAAUGUGCUCUUACAGUUUAAAAUCCCUCAAAUGAUAAUAAAACCUCAACAACAUGUUUUCGGUACAGUGUUAAGUCUCGUGUAAAGUGCAAAUACAAAAACAGUUUUAUAAAAAGGUGGUCAUAAUUUGAUCUUGUUAUAUCACCUCCACAUCUCUUAAUGUAUCAAACUGUAAAAUGUCCUCAUUCAGGAGGUGUAUGAUGACAAAAUUAGACCACAGAGUUCAAUUUUUUAAUUUGUUUAAGGGCCUUAAUCACCCCAUUAUUUCACAUUGCCUUUUGUUGACCUCCUAAAUAAAGGAUUAAUGUGACGUGUGUCGUAUAUUGUUGUUGUCUCCAGCAGCUCUGCGGCUUCAUCUGCUGCCGCACCGACACGCUGAACAGUUUCUGACCUACAAUAGACAAUUGAAAACUCCAAACUAUAACCUAGUUUUCUCUGGCACCACCUUUUAUUUGAAAGAGUGACAGAAGAGCCAAAUAUUUACCUCCUUUAUCAAGAGAAAGUAAAAGAUGGAAGGAUCUGUGUAGGAAGCUCAAAGUUGCUGCUGAAAACUAGACUGAGGUAUUUUAAUUAUUUUUGUACAUUCAACAAACUAUGUUCCACAACUGCUUACAUGUCUUCUGAUUGACCAGUUGAUUGUUGAACAGAAAAUGAGUUGUCAUUUUUAUGUAAAUCCUGAGUGGUACUAAUAAUGUAAAAAAACUACAAUAUUCACCUCUGCCCUGUAUCAAAAUAAUGGAUUAAUAAAUGAUUUGUUGCGAACAA